CCAAAACCAACGUGUGGGCUUUUUAAUAUGACAAAAAAAUUUAAUAAGAGCCCAAUACAAAGGUUAAAAUCGUAUAGUAUGUAAAUUACGAGACUAUCCUUAAUGAAAUAAUCAAUGUGUUUGGAAAAACAGUGGCAUAGAUAAUAAAUAAAAUAGUAUUAAAAGGGAAAAAUUUAGAUAGAAUCCUGUUAUAAUUUUAUAGAUGAAACUUAACACCUUUGUCUUAAUGUAAUUAAAAAGAGACAAGAAUACAUUAGUACGACCAGAGCUAAAAGACAAGAAAAAUGAAUGCACAAUUUAAUGUUUUCUUAGAAACAAAUCCAAAGCUCUUUGACCAAAUAUAUAGCAUAUCUAAAAGCUCUUUGACCAAAUAUAUAGCAUAUCUAAAGAAAACCGGAAAUUGGUUCAUAAACCGAACCGGUUAUUAGAUAGUCAAGGUGGUCUAGUCAAUAAGAUUACAAAACUUAAAUACUUUUGGCUUAAUGCAAAUUAUUAAGAAGCAUUCAAGAUUACAUUCCCAUUAAAUCCAAGCAGAGUCAAAGACCAAAAAGGAAACAAAUCCGCCAUUCAAUGUUUUCUCAGAAACAAAUCCAAAGCUGUUUGACCAGAUAUACACCAAAUAUUUAAUCAUCUAAAGUAAACCGGAAACUGGUUCGUUAAACCGAACCGGUUAUCAGAUAGCUAUAUAACAACAGUCUCUUCUGUCUCUCGCUCUUUUUCGAACUAACUAACGAUCAUCAAAUCAAAGUCUCUUCCUUUUCACUUGAUACCUCUCUCAGACAUGGAUCUACCUGAACUUCCAGGCUUUAAGUUUGGGGCUGGGGACAUGUUCGGUCCCCCCGGACUCUACCUUGACUCCUCCUCCUCCGAACCCGACUUCGGAUUCGCCUUCAACGACCGCAACUUCUCCGACCGGUUGCUCCGGAUCGAGAUCAUGGCCCCUGGCUCGAACCCCGGCGCUGAAGGGUUUGGGAGUAUCUCCGAUUGGGCUCGUCGUCGCAAGAGGAGAAGAGAGGAUUGUAAGGGUUUGUUUUUUUUUGUUUUUUCAGUUAACGUUUCAGACGUUCUGGCGGGUGCUGAGGAGCAGGUUUUGACUAAUGAGAAGCCUGAUAUGGAUGAAGGCGAGGCUAUGAUUCAAGAGGCUUUUGCAGGUGAUGAUGAGGACGAUGUGACUAAUGCGCCGAACUGGGGGUUUGAGUCGUUUGACUAUUCUGGGGUUGAAAGGGUUAGAGAGCUUCAUAUUAGUUCUCCUAUCUUAGCUGCCAAAAGCCCUUUCUUUUACAAGCUGUUCUCCAAUGGAAUGCUGGAAUCUGGACAAAGGCAUGCCACUCUUCUGAUUAAUGCAUCAGAGGAAGCUGCGUUUAUGGAGCUUUUAAACUUUAUCUAUACCAACACGGUGUCUGUCACCACAGCACCUGCAUUGUUAGAUCUGCUCAUGGCUGCUGAUAAGUUCGAGGUCGCCUCUUGCAUGAGGUACUGCAGCAGACUUCUCCGCGACCAGCCUAUGACUACCGAGUCCGCGCUGCUUUACCUCGACCUUCCCUCCACUGUUAUAGUGGCUGCAUCCGUCCAGCCAUUAACCGAUUCUGCUAAGAAGUUCCUUGCUGCCCGUCACAAGGACAUCACCAAGUUUCCAGAGGAGUUUAUGUCUCUGACAUUGGCGGGAAUUGAGGCGGUUUUGUCAAGCGACGAUCUCGAAGUUGCAUCAGAGGAUGCAGUUUACGAUCUUGUCUUGAAAUGGGCAAGAGCGCGGUACUCUUCGCUGGAGGUGCGGAGAGAGAUUCUUGGGUCACGUCUCGCGCGUUCCAUCCGCUUCCCGUUCAUGACAUGCCGUAAGCUGAGGAAGGUGCUGACAUGCAGUGACUUUGACCACGAGCUAGCGUCAAAGCUUGCUCUGGAAGCGCUUUUCUUCAAGACGGAAGCACCGCACAAGCAGCGUAGCCUAGCCGCUGAAGAGUCAGCCUCAGAGCACCGCCGCCUCGUAGAGAGGGCUUACAAGUACAGACCGGUCAAAGUACUUGAGUUCGAGUUUCCUACGCCGCACUGCGUGGUCUACCUCGACCUGAAGAGAGAAGAAUGCAUUGGAUUGUUCCCUUCCGGGAGAAUCUUUUCUCAGGCCUUUCACUUAGGCGGUCAAGGGUUCUUCCUCUCGGCGCAUUGCAACAUGGACCAGCAGAGUUCGGAUCACUGUUUCGGGCUGUUCCUAGGGAUGCAGGAGAAAGGGUCGAUGGGUUUCGGAGUGGACUAUGAGUUCUCGGCGAGGUCAAGCCCAUCUGAGGAGUUCGAAAGCAAGUACAAAGGGAACUACACCUUCACAGGAGGGAAAGCAAUUGGGUACAGGAACUUGUUUGGGAUUCCAUGGACGUCUUUUGUUGAAGAGGAGGAUAAUGUUAACUUCAUCAAUGGCAUCCUCCAUCUCAAAGCUGAGCUUACCGUCAGAAGGUCUACAGAUCCUUAGUGACCUUUUUCUCUUUCUUCCUUCAUUUCAGACUCUUUUACUACAUCUCUUCUCUCUAACCAAACUUUAUUUUAUUUUCUUUUAGACUUUGAAGUUUAUAUAACUUUAUAAAACUUUUCUAAAUCAGCGACAUUUAAGAAUGGUGUAAAUGCGUUUGGAUUUGAUUUAUCUUUCUGUUUAUGCUUUUACUUUUCUUGAUCAGCAACUUUACUGUUUGAUAUUGCACAUUAUUAUUUUUUAUCUUCGCAAUUUCGUUCAUAAUGGUCGUAUUAUGAACGAACUUUUGAAGAUAAAAAAAAAGUGCAAUAUACAACAGUAAAGAUGGUUUACUAUGAAGUAGUGGAUGAGCCUUUGCUAUAUAAGGAAGAGAGGGUUCGGGAAGUAGAUGUUGAAGUAAGCUUGAGUGUCAAGUAAACCUAAUCCUAAGUAGUUUGA